AGGAUUUGGUUGUUUAUAGUAAAGCAUAGCUAGUUUCGUGUGGGUCGAAACUGAUCCAACAAGGAAUUUUGCUACUGUAGACAAUUACAGUUACGAUUGCCGCUUCACCGAGGCUUCGGCCUCCCUGUUAUCAAGCUCGUUAAGCAUAUGUUUUAAAGAAAAGCCGGGAUGGAAGUUUGUUCGUGGACAUUGCAAAGAAAGUCAUGAAGGUAACUCGAUCGUUGAUCAAACGAAGAUCGAAAGAUUUCAUUUUGAUGAUCAAUCAUCGUUACAAUCAAGAAUGAAGGGAGAGUUCGCUUGGGAUGUCAACAAAUUCAGCCCACUUAUACCAAAAAGAAGAAGAAGAAAGCUACCAUCUGCGCUAAUAUGGAUAACAUGAUCGACUGUUUUCUUCCGAGCAAAAGAGGUUUACAACUGGAUUUCUCAGGAUGAGUUAGUAAAUGCCGACAAAUCCAAGGGCGAAGAAGAAAUAGUUGUGGACGGAGGGGGUCAAGGGUUUGGAGGUGAAUUGGAAAUUUCGAAUACGAGGGAGAGAAUCAGAGAAAAAUGGAAAAUAGAAGUGAAAACGCGAAGAAGCUUGGGUUGAACAAAGCUCGAACUAAUAUGGGGGAGCUUCUUGAGACUUGUUUGCUGGAGGGGUUUCAGGUUUUCUUCAAUUUCGGGAACAAGGGAAUGGAUCUAAAAGCAUUAACUGAAGGCAUGGGGAUACUUUGUUCUUGCUGUUUGUAUGAAGGAUCCAAAUUGGCUGUGUCACUGGAGGGCAUCACCAUACUAUGCAGUAGGGACCUUGUGAAUGCAAUGUCAGAGGCCUGGCUGCCUUGCGAUUGUGUCAAGUUCCGUAGGACUAACGUCCCUGGAAGUAUUAUGGAGGGAAAUUCAUAUGAAGAGCAGAGUCAACGGAAGGCAAUAAUGAAGUCAUUGAGGUCAGUUCCAAAAUCCAGGAAAAGUGCUGCGGAUUUUAACUUGUCACUUCAUAAGAUAAAAGGGAAAAUACGGCGGAAAAGGUCAUCAAAGUCUGCUUCUGCACAGGAGUCAACCAAUGGUGAAACUAAACCUCGGAGUCGUCCAACAUUAAAGGAUCAGCAGAUGAACCGGUUGAUAUUUCGGGAAGGAGGAUUACCUGAUGGAUCUAAAGUAGCUUAUAUUAAUCAUGGAGAGAGACUGCUAGAGGGUUAUAAGCUGGGCCGUGGGAUAUUCUGUUAUUGCUGCAAUACUGAGGUCAGCCCGUCACAGUUUGAAGCUCAUGCUGGCCAGGCCUCCCGCAAAAAGCCCUAUGGGAAUAUCUUUGUCUCAAGCGGGGUGUCUCUUCAUGAAUAUGCCUCUUCCUUGAAACUAAAUUGUGAGCGUCUGGCAAAGCAGAAUGACGACAUAUGUAGACAUUGUUCGGAAGGUGAAGACCUAAUGCUCUGUGCUGGAUGCCCUAGGUCCUAUCAUGAAGCAUGUCUCCAUGAAAAAAGCACCACUCCUGGGAAAGUGUUUACCGGGAAAUGGUUUCGAGGGAAAUGGUUUUGCCCAUGUUGCCAAAAAUCUAUGAAGCCCGUGGAUCAGAGAGCAAACUCUCUGGCCGCUGGAAGAAUUUCAGGAGUUGAUCCAAUAGAGCAGAUAACAAAGCGUUGCAUUCGCAUUGUUGAUAAUCCAGAUAAAUUUGACCUUGUUGCAUGUUCAUUAUGCAGAUCCUAUGACUUCAGCCAAGAUGGUUUCAAUGAUCGGACUGUUAUUGUUUGUGAUCAGUGUGAAAAGGAAUUCCAUAUAGGCUGUCUGAGGGAGCACAAGAUUGAUGAUCUGAAGGAAUUACCCGUUGGAAAUUGGUUUUGCUGCGUGGAUUGUGAUAGAAUUCACUCUGUUCUUAAGGAUUUGAGAACAUGUGGACCGGAGAGGGUCCCUGAUUUUCUUAUGGACAUAGUUAGGAAUAAGUGGAAGGAAAGUGAUGCCAAUGGUUUCAUUUUUGACAUGGAGUGGAUUGUUCUCUGUGGCAAGGAUGCUUUACAUGAGCACCAAUUAUUGCUUUCAGAAGCUGUUGAUAUCUUUCAUGAAUGCUUCGAUCCUAUUAUUGAUUCAACAACUGGAAGUGAUUUUAUCCCAUCGAUGGCUUAUGGAAUGAAAAUGGGCGAUUCAGACUUUUCAGGAGUGCAUUGCGCAAUGUUGAUGAGAGGGUCAAGUGUUAUUACAGCUGGGAUGUUCCGUAUUUUUGGGCAGGACGUUGCUGAGCUCCCAAUAGUUGCUACUAGUAAACCUGAACAAGGAAAGGGCUUCUUUCAACUUUUCUUCACUUGCUUUGAGAGAAUGCUCUCAUAUUUGAACAUUAAGAAGAUUGUGAUUCCAGCUGCUGAGGAUGCUAAAUCCCUUUGGACCAACAGAUUGGGUUUCAUUAAAGUGAUCCCAAAAGAGCUUAGUGAAUACAGGCAAACAUUGACCUCAAUGGUAGCAUUUCGUGGGACGUCUAUGCUAGAAAAGGAGGUCCCUGAAGGUGAAAUCACAUUCGAAGAUGGUGUCCGUUUCAGUCUUUCUAUGGGGUAAGCAGCAAUGAAUACCGUUUUCGUUUUGUGCAAUACCCUGUUGGAUUUUGUUCCGUUUGAUGGAUUAAGGUAACAAACUGUAAACAUCUUGGAUGGAUGCUUUCUACUAUGUUUAACUGGUUUGUGUUUUCUAGGGGUCUUAGGAAUAAUGUGUUCGGUUCUUAGAACAUGAACCGGCUUUGGAUUUCCUAUGAAUGUGUGUGGAGAUUUAGACU